AUGGGUAGCCAAGCAGGCACACCGCAGGCAGCAGAGCCUCAACCAACCCCAGAGCUAUUCUACGAAUCUCAAAACACAACAGGGAAAGAAAGCAUUCUCUUCAUCCACGGUGCCUGCGGAAGCAGUCAAGAAUGGGCAAAUGUCACCCCAGACCUCGUCCUUAAAGGCUACCACGUCCUCCUGCCCGACCUACCCGCUCACGGCCGCUCAAUAACCAUCCAUCCAUUCACGGUCGAAUAUGCCGCAGACCGAGUCAUCGCCUUGAUAGCAACACAAGCAAAGAACGGCCGUGCACACGUCGUAGGCCUAAGUCUCGGCGCACACAUAGCAGCCUGUGUGGCCGAGCGCGCUAAACCAGGCCAGAUAGUAUCCGUCAUCGCAUCUGGGUACAACACUAUUCCGAGAUCGCGGCUCUUUACCUCGCUGAUCAUACCUCCUAUAUACAUGCUGCAUCAUUUAGUCAAUCUUGCGGCGAGUCCGCGUGUGGAGCUGGCGCAGUGGAAGAAUGGGGAUGCGGGGUACGGGCUUAUGACUGCGGUUGUGAAGGCGAUCUUUGAGCCGAGGGUUGUUGGGGAUAUUCGAGCGAGAGUUUUGGUUGUUUGUGCGGCUUCGCCAAAGACUUGGUUGUCGAGAGAUAGAGUUGAAUCCUCGAGGGCGCUUUUUGCCUGUGUUGUUGGGGAAGAGGGGGGUGGGAGUCGGGUUGUGUUGCAUCGCAGUGUUAGGCAUGCCUGGCAUAUGGAGGAGCCGGAUUUGUUUGCGGAGAUGGUGCUGGCUUGGGUUAGAGGAGAGAAACUGGACGUUGCGUUUGAGGAUGUUAGAUAA